AUGCCGUUCGCGUCUGGGGCGUUUACGGCCUGCGCGCGUGCGGUGCUCAAGCCAAGGAUGGUCAACGGGACUGUGACACUGAAGCUCUACCACGUGGCAUGGCUGGAGCACGUGGUACGCAAACACCGUGGUCAUUUAGACUACCGACAGUACAUGGGUGAGUGUACUCACGUGCGCGUGUAUGUGGUUUGCCGUGCGCAGGUGACAGAUGCGGUCAAUCACUGGGAGGAGCGCCAGGGUCGCUUCGCCAACUCCGCGAGCACCAACGUGCAGAUAGUGGACGGCCUCCACGUCCUCGUCAAGGCUGCUAUUAGGGCCGCCAUCGCGGAUUUCCGACCAGCAUAUGACGAGGCGUCCCAGAGCUGGGAGUGGGGCCGCCAUGGUCUCCGCAUCUCGGAAGACGGCAUCGCCGCCGUCGAAGCAGUGACCGCAGAGGCAAGCGUCAGCUCUCAAACCCAGUUUCUCUUUCCUCGUUGCUUCCUGCUUGUGCCUCCCUUAUGCCUGCAUGUGCCCACGUGCCUGCAUGCGCCCCUCACAUGGCCACAUGUGUCUUCCACGUGUCACCUGUCCGCUCCAGACACGUGUGUGCUGCGCAACUGUGGCUCCAACUCGAGGUGCAUCAAGGACAGUGCGGGCUCGGCCACCUGCAUCGCCCCUCUCAUCCACCGUGUGCGUGUUGCUCUGCGUCUACCCACCCACCAUCUCUGGAUGCCGCCCUGCAUUGCGCCCGCCCUGCAUUGCGCCCGCCCUGCAUUGCGCGCGCGCUGCAGACUCGUGCGCGCUGAUGGAGUGCGAUCCCAACACCACGUGCGUGAAAGACAGCGGGCUCGCCUCGCGUGUGUGCAACUCGGGAUUCGCCAUGACACCCUCCGGCUGAGUUGUGCUGCCCUGCUCACUGCUCCUGCUGCCCUGCUCGCUGUUCCUGUUGCCCUGCUCGCUGUUCCUGCUGCCCUGCUCGCUGUUCCUGUUGCCCUGCUCGCUGUUCCUGUUGCCCUGCUCGCUGUUCCUGCUGCCCUGCUCGCUGUUCCUGCUGCCCCGCUCGCUGUUCCUGCUGCCCUGCUCGAUGUUCCUGCUGCCCUGCUCGCUGUUCCUGCUGCCCUGCUCGCUGUUCCUGCUGCCGUGCUCGCUGUUCCUGUUGCCCUGCUCGCUGUUCCUGCUGCCCUGCUCGCUGUUCCUGCCACCCUGCUCUUUGUUGCAGCUGUGCUGCUUGCUCUACACUCAUCUGCUCUCGCCUCACUGUCCUCUCUCCAUGUUCCCCUCUCCCUCUCUUCCACUCACCUGCUCGCGUCACAUGGCACGUGCAGACACGUGUGUGCUCAAGGACUGUGUGAAAGCCACGUGCAGCAAGGGCGCCGAUGGCGCCGCGUCCUGUGCUUGCUACCAAGACUUCGCCUUACAGCCUGA